AUGUUGACUACCUCGCCCGGAGACGACAAGACGGCGAGCGGCCCCGGUGGCGUUGAGCGGCACGCGCGCCAGGAGCGCGGGAAGCGCUUCCGCCGGCACGUCCACCCGGUGAGGCGCUCCCAGACGCACACGGGCGACAAGCCGUACUCGUGCCAGGUGUGCGGCAAGGGGUUUACCGAGGGCUCCGCCUUGAAGAGGCACGUGAGGAAGCACACAGGCGAGAAGCCGCACGCGUGCCAGGAGUGCGGGAAAGGGUUUACCGAGGGCUCCACCUUGAAGAGGCACUCCCAGACGCACACGGGCGAGAAGCCGCAUGCGUGCCAGGAGUGCGAAAAAGGGUUUACCGAAGGCUUCGCCUUGAAGAGGCACUCCCAGACGCACACGAGCGACAAGCCGCACGCGUGCCAGGAGUGCGGGAAAAGGUUCGUGCAUGCCUUUACCUUGAAGAGGCACGCUAGGACUCACACGGGCGAGAAGCCGCACGUGUGCUCCGAGUGCGGCAAGGGGUUCACGCAGGCCUUCAACCUGCGCGUGCACGCGUGGACUCACACGGGCGAGUGGCCGUACGCUUGCUCCGAGUGCGGGAAAGGGUUCGCUCGGCACGGCCACCUCCGGCGGCAUUCUGCGGCCCAUGGGGAGAAGUCAGUCGUGGGAGGAGUCUAG